AUGCCUAGCCUGGAUUCGCAAGCAAUGGCAACACAUGCAACCCCCGGCACUACGUGUCCCCGACGCGUUGUGCUUAAAUCAAGGAAGCUCCCUGCCUGGCUUCGCCUGCGGGUGUGGGCCAGCCAAUAUCUCUACCCGGGGAAGAAUCGAGCGGGUUGGGGCAAUAUCGUCCGCCUUCCCUUUGGCAAGGUCCUUAAAAUCUCUACUGGGCGGAAUGAGCUCGAGGCGAUGGAAUUUGUGCGUGCCAAUACGUCCAUACCUCUGCCCCGGCUUUAUGAGGUGUACGAGCGGCCAGACGGUACGGUUGGUCUGGUGAUGGAAGAGCUCCCUGGAGACGGCACUGAGUAUGCCAACAUGGGCCCUGAGCAAAUCCAGGCGUUUGGUCAGGAGCUUGCCGGUUACCUCCAGCAGCUACGAAGACUGAAGCCCCCUGAAAAGGGUUUCAUUGGAUCCGUGUCGCAGGGUCCGCUCCUGGACUAUCGAGUCGGUCAGGUUACCUUCGGUCCUUUUCACCGGAUAGCCGACUUUCACUUCUAUUUGCGUCUUGGAGGGCCGCUCGAGAAUUGGACGAAGGACCCUGUGGUGAAGGAAGUUCACGGGAGGUCCGCAUCAUACAGUGUCAAAUUCACCCACGCCGACCUCAACCCUCGCAACAUCCAGUAUCAUAACGGCCGGAUAGUUGGGAUCAUCGACUGGGAGCUUGCGGGUUGGUACCCCGAGUACUGGGAAUAUACCAAAAUGCACUUCAACUAUUGGCCUGCGUAUGAGGACUUCUUCGCCGCUGUUAAUUCCGAGCCGGGCAUAGAGAAAUACCCCGAGGAGCUCAGCGCAGAGCGAGAUAUUUGGCGGCUUAUUAGCACCUGGGCUUAUGACGACUUCUAUGAGGAUCCACAGAAUGCUGCUACUGUUGCCGCCGCCAUUGCUGCUGGGGCAGCAACUGCUCAGAAUGAAGAAAGAGUCUAG